ACAUCAUUAACUGUGAGUUCCUUCCGAUCAGAUCGAACAGGAUCUGAUACGUGAAGAGUUGAAGUAAUCGAGCAAAUUAGGAUCAGUUAAGAUGGCGGCGUUAAACUCGGCUGUUGCGUUACUGCUGGUGACUCUCGGGUUCUCAGCUAUUGAGGCGGACAUCGUCUUCCCCUCACAGGCGAAACUAACUGACAAUGCAUCCUACGAUUACAUCAUCGUCGGCGGAGGUACCUGCGGCUGUGUGAUUGCGAGGAGGCUAGUGGACAGCAACUACACUGUGCUGGUACUCGAGUCCGGGGACGACCCUAGCGCCAACUCCAUGCUCCCAGGACUAUUCUACCUACUGCCAGGAACAAGCAUAGACUACGACUACAGGUCCACUUUCGAUGAUUAUGCGGCGGGUGCCCAAGGAAACUUCACCAGACUCACCGCAGGAAACGCUCUCGGAGGCAGCAGUGUCCUGAACCACCACCUGUCCAUCAGACCAAUCCCACAGGACUACGAUGACAUUGCAUCACUCACAGGAGACGACGGCUGGAGCUAUGACAACAUGCUCCCAUACUUCAAGAAAACGGAAACUGUUAAGGACGAGGAAAUCGCUAGCACUUACAGCGAGUACCAUGGUGACAGCGGACCCGUCGGGAUCACGAGGGAACUGCAUGACGACGACGUCGCUUACUAUCUGAAAGCCCUUGCUGAAGUCGGUAACCCAACUGUUGAAGAUUUGAACGGUCCAGUAAGUGUUGGAUACAUGCAACCGUUGCUGAACAUCGCCAGCGGAAUCAGACAAACCCCAGCUUACGUAUACUUAAACGAUAUCAAAGACAAUCCCAACUUACACGUCUCCAAAAACACUAAGGUGUCAAAGAUCAAUUUUGAAAAUAGCACUGCUGUCAGUGUGGAAGCCAUUUACAAAGAUACUACGUACACCUUCAGAGCAAACAAAGAGAUUAUUGUAAGUGCGGGAGUGUUCAACACUCCACAGAUACUGCAGCUGUCAGGCGUCGGCUCCACGGACGUGCUAGAUAGUUUAAAUGUCGACCAAGUAGCCGACUUACCUGUGGGAGAUAACUUGAGAAUACCGCCCACCGUCAUUGUGGUACAGAAGACUAAGAAACAUAUCCUGCCCAGUAUCCCCAAUCUCGUGCAUGCAUUCGUACCGUUUAGCAUACCAUUCCCACUUCUGUUAGGUACUACUCCAAUCAAUAAGUCCUCAGAGAUUCCUGACUACCAGACCUACAACUUGAUGCUUCCCCACGACACGCCAUACCUGACGCUGGCUUGUACCUUCGUGUACGGGUACUCAUUGGACGUGUGCUUGAGGUGGCAGACACAGAUAGCAUCCAGAGACGCGGUGUACAGUGUAGUGGUGAACCUGGACGCCGUCUCCACAGGUACAGUGCGCGCCAACAGCACAGACAUAAACGACGCUCCCCUCAUUACGACUGGCUUCUAUUCUGAAAGCGAAGACUUGGAGCGUGCUGUGGACAUCUUGUUGGAUCUGCUGGCAGUAGAAGACUCUGCUACAUUGAAAGACUUGGGGGCUGCCGUCGUGGGUGUAGACUUCUCUGAGUGUGCUGACAAAGAAGCUGGCUCCAGGGAGUUCUGGAAGUGCUACGUACUGCAUAGGACUAUCGCUGGUUUCCUCUACUCGGGAACUUGUCCCAUGCAGACGUGCGUGGACAGUGAACUGAAGCUGCUUGGUUUGAACAAGAUCAGAGUGGCGGACGCCAGUGUGUUCCCUAAAGUGUUGCACGGAGCUCUGAAUGCUGCCGUGUUGUCGCUGGGUGAGAAGGCCGCUGACCUGAUCUUGCAGGAUGCUGCUAAUUAAAUUCCACACAAUACAUACAAUCCCGCAGUGAUGUCCCUCCUCCUUCUCCGUAACUACUUUUAUGUUGAAAAUAGUUUCGUAACGAAACUACACAUUGCACACUGAACAAUGUAAUGGAGGACCUUGUAGAGUACGUGUGUCUGUGAAUGAUGGCUGAUAUUAAAAUCAUUUCUAGUAAAAUACUUACCAAAAGUCAAUUGUUAAUGUUUUGUUUUUCAUGUUUUUAAUAUAAAACAAAGUAUAAAAUAACAAAUUGUUUCAUUGUAUUGU